GUGCAUCCAAUGGGAAGGCGGCGUCUGGCCACGCCCACUGAGCGCGCAGCCCCGCCGGUGGGCUUUUAAAAGCCCGCGCGGCGGUGCGGGGGCUCCCAGGACCCGCGCGCCGCCUCGCCCGCCUCGUCCGCUCCCUGCCGCCGCCGCCGCCACCAUGCUCUCCGUCCGCGUCCCGCUCGCCACCAUCGUGGACCCGCAGCAGCCGCAGCAGCAGCUUCAGCUCUCGCCCUUGAAGGGGCUCAGCCUGGCGGACAAGGAGAACACGCCCCCGGCCCUCAGCGGGAGCCGCGUGCUGGCCAGCAAGACCGCCCGGAGGAUCUUCCAGGAGCCCGCCGAGCCGAAAACUAAGGUGCUUGUCCCCAGCGUGGAGGAUGAGCCACUGCUCCGAGAAAACCCUCGUCGCUUUGUCAUCUUUCCUAUCGAGUACCACGAUAUUUGGCAGAUGUAUAAGAAAGCGGAGGCUUCCUUCUGGACAGCCGAAGAGGUGGAUCUUUCCAAGGACAUUCAGCACUGGGAGUCCCUGAAGGCAGAGGAGAGAUAUUUUAUAUCGCAUGUUCUGGCUUUCUUUGCAGCGAGUGAUGGCAUAGUAAAUGAGAACUUGGUGGAGCGGUUCAGCCAAGAAGUUCAGAUUACUGAAGCCCGCUGUUUCUAUGGCUUCCAAAUUGCCAUGGAAAACAUCCAUUCUGAGAUGUAUAGUCUCCUCAUUGACACUUACAUUAAAGAUCCCAGAGAGAGGGAAUUUCUCUUCAACGCCAUCGAGACGAUGCCUUGUGUAAAGAAGAAGGCGGAUUGGGCCUUGCGUUGGAUUGGGGACAAAGAGUCUACCUACGGAGAGCGGGUUGUGGCCUUUGCUGCAGUGGAAGGAAUCUUCUUUUCUGGUUCUUUCGCGUCGAUAUUCUGGCUCAAGAAACGCGGCCUGAUGCCUGGCCUCACGUUUUCCAAUGAACUUAUUAGCAGAGAUGAGGGUCUACACUGUGACUUUGCCUGCCUGAUGUUCAAACACCUGGUCCACAAACCUUCAGAGCAGAGAGUGAAGGAAAUUAUUAUCAAUGCCGUUAGGAUAGAACAGGAAUUCCUCACGGAGGCCUUGCCAGUGAAACUAAUUGGGAUGAAUUGCACUUUAAUGAAGCAGUAUAUUGAAUUCGUGGCAGACAGACUUAUGCUGGAGCUAGGUUUUGGCAAGGUUUUCAGAGUAGAAAAUCCAUUUGACUUUAUGGAGAAUAUUUCACUGGAAGGGAAGACUAACUUCUUUGAGAAGAGAGUAGGCGAGUAUCAGAGGAUGGGAGUGAUGUCAAGUCCAACAGAGAAUUCUUUUACCUUGGAUGCUGACUUCUAAGUGAACGAAGAUGUGCUCUUAUGUUGCUGAUUCCUCCCCCUCCAACCCUUCUCAUCAAAAAAAAAAAAAAAAAAAAAAAUCAGCUACUUGAAGUGAAUCAACUAGCUACACUAUGAAUCACCAAUAGUGUUCAUGAAUAGUAUUGUUAAAACUGUGUAGCUACCUCGUACGCAAGCCUGUUGAUUAGUGAUGCUAGUUGUCUCCCCUAGAAAGAAGCAUGGAAAAAAGCUACUUGGGUUCUUAGGAAAGAGCUUGGCCGUGUUGGGCUUUUGCAAGCACCCUGGCUGUCCGUGACUUCAUGGCUCUUAGCAAUCAUGGCUCAAGGUGUGGGGACUCUCUGAGUCUGACCCGGCAGGAUUAAACAGUUGCUACAAGGCCCUUGGGAGGGGGUCAGCCUUGGUGCUUCAAAGCAGAUUUUAAAGUUUACUUACUGCUUUGUAUAUAAAAUUGGCACUUUACACACAAACCUAUUUUGUACUGUUGAGGUAAAGGCCUGAUUUGACCUAACUUGGUUUCUAGACCAAACGCAGAGCAUUCUGUUGACCACUAAUGGGAGCCAGUUCGGGAUUUACUAGGUGACCCACGUCUGCCAAACCUGUGCAAGUCAAGCGUGUUAUUUCUACUCUUUAUUCUCUUUAAUGACUUGAGGUGCUUUGUGAUCAGCUUUAAAGUCAGUCCUGCACAUACCCCUGGGUAUUAGCCAGUUGGUGUCCCAAAGAAGGCAGGUUGCGUUUUAUAUGAAUACAGGUCAGGUCCUGUAUGGUGGGAUCAGAGAGGACAGGAGCUUCCAACUUAAAUCAUCAAGGAUUAGAAGGUGAUGUGAGCGGGCUGCUGGUCACAUGGGGGUGCAGGAGGAGCAGUUUCUGUCUAUUUCUCAAACCGUGUUUCCCCCAACUUUGAGUUCUUGUGAAAGACCCUUAGGUCCUUAGCUAUAGGAUCGGAGGUAGCACCGUAUGUUGAGUCUUCAAACGAUCCUUGAACAAAAUGACCCACUUGAGGUCUUACUCCAGUUAAGUGGCCAAAACCAGGACUGAAAUUGGCUCCCUGAACAGUUGGGGCAUUUAUUCCGAUUUGCUUUCGUGUGUAAGUAGGUACCGUUGACUUCAUCCUUUUAUAUUUGCUACAUGCUUUUUAAAUUAGGAAAUGUCAUUUUGCGGUAUAUGCCCGAUGUAUCUGUGGUUCAUGUUUUGAAAUAAUUGCCCGGCACCGCGAUUCAUGAUCGAAGUGGAUAUUGUUCAGUGCACUUACUUUCACUUCAGUGCCUGCCUAAAUCUGAGCAUUGCCUUGUUGGAUUCCUGACCUUCAGGAGAAAACUAGAGUUGCGUGAGCUAUAAAUACAUGUUCUAUUCACAUAUUAAUUUUAGAAUGAAGUACAGAAUAAUAUACCUAAUAAGGCUAGUUUGAGGCAACCUGCCUUUGUUACCCCUGUCCCCCAAGCCCCCCCAAAAAAGGAGAAAACCAGCCAAGAUGCUACAUGGAACGUGAAGGAGGAUACGCACCAAUCCUUCGGCCACGUUUGUUACCCUGUUGUAUUGUGUUGGCUGAUCCCUGGCCCUGUUCCCUUGUCUGUUUCCUUCAUUUAUUGUAUAAAUUGUCAAAUAGUUGAUUUAAGCACUUCUGUAAGAGGGGCUUCCUGUCUUUUAAAUUAUUGUUACCUAAAGUCGAUCCAGAUCGUGUGGUUUUUACACUUGUGCAACACAGAAGUGAAUAAACGUUUUGCCCCGCG